AUGAAUUUUUCCCACUGUGGCAUCAGUGAGAUACCGGUACAGCUUUAUGACUGGGGACUUUUCAGUAAAAAACUGAAAAUUGUAGAUCUUAGCCAUAAUAAAAUAUCAGAUCUUGGUUCUUUUACGUGUCAUAGUAAUGCAGACGAUACCUCAGACAUUUUUGAUUUGCAAUUUAACAAUAUUACAACAGUGAAGUUACGUAGUCUGACUACAAUAUUUCGUGACAUAUGUAGUCAGUUAACAGUAAAUAUUCGGAAUAAUCCAUUUGCCUGUGAUUGUGAAAUCAAAGACUUUUUAGGCUUUCUAGAUAGAGACAAUUAUACCGAUAACAACCGCUACAGAUAUUUAUCGGAUUUAACAUGUUUAAAUCCGCCGUCUCUUCGUGGACAAAUUAUUUCACAGCUUUCAUUACCAGAAAUCGGAUGUGAAACAGUUUCUAAAACAUAUCUGAAAGGUCCUAUAAUCGGUCUGUGUUGCUUGGUUUUUGUCUUUAGCAUUUGUAUUAUUAUUGGUGUUAGAUACAAAAAGGAAAUAGUUAUACUUGCAUAUACACGCUUACAUAUAUUGUUGCCAUGUCAACAAUAUGAAACAGACGACUACAAGAAAUACGAUGCAUUUAUUGCUUAUAGCCAAGCAGACAUACACUGGGUCAUUCAUACCCUUGCAAAACGCCUUGAAAACCCCGAAUCAGGCCCAAAUUUUUCUCUCUGUCUCCAUCAUCGUGAUUUUAUGGUAGGGGCUGCAAUCUCUGAUAACAUUGUUCGAAGUGUGGAAAACAGUCGACACACUAUUAUAGUUGUAUCAAAACAAUUUCUGAAAAGUGAAUGGUGUCUUCUUGAAUUUAGAACAGCUUUGCAUCAAAGUAUUCUGGAAAAGAAGCGCCAUUUGAUUAUCCUGUUACUAGAAGAUAUACCUACAAGUGAUUUUGAACCGGAAUUAAGAAGUUGUAUGCAAACCUUAACUUACGUGAAAACAAACGACUGUUGGUUUUGGGAUAAACUUAUAUAUGCUUUAUCUGAUUGGUCAAGAAAAAUGAAAAAUGAAAAAGCCAAUACCAUUAAAAGAAAGAUUAUAAAAGGAAAGAAUAAUUUGUUUGAAGGCAAAAUUAAUGUGUAAACAGUACAUAGUACACAAUUUAGU